AAUUGAGUAGACUGCCCGGCGGAUGAUAAGCGUCCGGGACCGGUGCUGUCGAUUGUGCGAGGAGGCAAGUUAACGUUACCGGAGGAAGAAGAUGAAGUCGGCUGGGGUCGUGGAAGGAGGACUGUUCACAGAGAGUUACUGCAACAUCUGUAAUGCCCAACUCAUCUCCGAGUCGCAACGCACUGCACACUAUGAGAGUAAGAAACAUGCCAAUAAGGUCCGUCUCUUCUACAUGUUACACCCAGAAGACGGAGGCCCACCUUCCAAGAGACUGAGACCAGACAACCCUGACAGUGCAGAGACAGAGGUGGACAGCAAUAAGUGCUGUACGUUAUGUAAUAUGUUCUUCACGUCGGCCAUUGUUGCCCAGUCUCACUACCAGGGCAAGACACAUGCCAAGAGAGUACGACUGGUACUGGGAGAAACACCCAGCUUACCUACUGCUACCAACAGCCCUACCACCACAGACUCAUCCCCUUCCACCCCCCAGCCCAGCGACUCAAACCCUGCUCCUCCUGCCCUACCACGGCCCUCCUCUCUAGCACCCCCGGUGGUGUUGGUGGGUAGUGGUGGUAGUGGUGAGACAGGGAAGUACUGCUGUCUGUGUGGAGCAUGGUUCAACAACCCUCUGAUGGCCCAGCAACACUAUGAGGGGAAAAAACAUCGCAGGAAUGCAGCCAGAGCACAACUACUGGAGCAGCUAGCUGGCAGUCUGGACGCUACCGAAACUACAGGUCUCCGCAGCAGAUACUCCUGCAGUGUAUGUAGUGUUGUGUUGAACUCCAUUGAACAGUACCACGCACACCUCCAGGGCUCCAAGCACCAGAACAACUUGAAGCAGGUCCAGCAGUGAAGCACUGGAACCAGAGACCUGUGGACAUGUGGAGAAUGGGAAAAUGGGAAUACUAAACAUGGGAAGAGCACUGUACAGAGCAUUGUAAAACUAAAAUAAUAUUGGUUGUGGAAUUUUGGAAGACUGAGAGACUUCUACAGAUGGCUUAGGACUGUGUGUGUGUGUGUGUGUGUGUGUGUGUGUGUGUGUGUGUGUGUGUGUGUGUUUUUAAUCUGACGAUGUCCUGGAGGUUACUGACCAUCUAAGUGUUUGAUAUGUGUACUUUGACCCCACAGCAGUCAGAAAACCAUUGGAUGUUGCUAGCGAUCGCCAUGCUGUUUGUGUGCAUCCCAAAUGGCACCCUAUUCCGUUUAUAGUGCACUUCUUCUGACGAGGGCCCAUAGGGCUCUAUUAAAAAGUAGUGUACUAUAGAGACUCCUUUUGUGAACCACAAUCCUACAAUCUAACUAAGUGAUGUCAGUGUUACCCAGAGCGGUGAUAACCGUUACAAUGAUAGUCAUAGAGUAGAAGAAACCAUAUCAUCACCACUAUAUCAGUCCAGAGGGUCAGGGCUGCAAUACAUAUGUAUACAAAUAUAUAAUAAAUAUAUUCAUACAAUAUA